AUGGAUCGUGGUGGGAUACCUGCAAUCGUAUUUUUGGUCCUUUAUUUUGUGCUGUUUUCAUGGGUUACAUUCUUGCUUUUAACCAAGCGAGUUCUCUGGAGAUCUCGGUAUACAUCCAUUUUUGUGCACACACUACUUCGUCUGGCAGCUCAAAUCUGUGGAAUUGGAUAUGGAGUAGCAGGUGUUGAGCAUAUCAAUUGGCUGAUAGCCUACCUAGUUUUUGGCGCAGAAGGCUAUUUCACUCUAGUUUGGUGUGCGUAUCGCUUUUUGAUAGCCUUUCAGAACGAAAUUUUGGGCAAUUCAUGGAUUGAACCCAAAAAAGAUUGUGGAUUUUGGAGCUACUACCGAGUUUUACGUGCAUACCCAGUUCUUUACAUCUACUAUCUCUUGGCGGCUGCUAAUGGCCUGAUCAUUGCCGGAUCAGUUAAGGGAACCAACAGCAGCCUUUCAGACUCAUCUAGGGAGCACGAGCUCCGUGUUGGACGGGCGCUGCGCGACGCGGGAACAGCAAUCUUUAUGGCACUGGUUGUACUCUUUGCAGCAUUCACUCAAAAAUCGUAUAUGGCUCGUAGGGGUGCGUAUACUCGGGCUCAGUCUCAUUUUCUCCUAAUCUUAGGGCUCACGGCAGUUCCGCUUCUCAUUAGAGGUGUAUAUGGGAUUUUAGGAACCGAGCUCAGGUCGUGGAACUAUGCCUUACCCGAGGCGUACGACGGAGGCGGCUUGAGAGCUGGUGCUCUUGCUGCGGAAUAUGUGCUGGGUACAAGUAUGGAAUGGGUUACUUGUUUAACGCUUUUAUCCACGAGUUUUAUUUCGAUUACCAGUGGUGCAAAUGAACCACUGGACUUUGAUGACAAAGCAAGGAUGAAUUCUAAGGGAGAAUUGGACCAAGAAUUAGAUGAAGAGGCAAAGUAG